GCUUUUAUUUAUACGCAUGCGCACGAUGGAAGUUCAGGCGAAGAAAGACACCGAUCACUUUCAAAACAUCGAUACAAACGCCAAUACAUCGACGGAAAAGGAAUCAGAAGAUACCAUGACGUCUGUAAAAGACCGGGACACAAUUUUGCAAAUAAUUGAUCAGCUGCGAAUGCGUAAAGCACGGCCAGAUUUGAAUAGGAUCUGCCACAUGGCCUUGCGCAGAUAUGGUACUAAACACUUGGAUACGGAAGUUCAGUUGGAGAAGCUCGUCGACUUAGGUAUUGUAGUUAAAGUAGAUUAUAAAAGCAAUGUAAGUUAUAGGAAUGCAACAAAAUGGAAGAAGAAACCCUUCGGAAGAAAACUCCUUAAUUCCAACAGUACAAACAAAAACAUUCGAACGGCGAUCAAAGCUUUACUGGAACUGGGGAGCGAAGACGUCGGUGCGUCAGCGAAAGACAUUGAAAAAUGGCUCUUGGCUGAAACGGAAAGUCGGCUGACAAAAAAUCAACUUCUGAUUGCGAUCGGGAGGGACGUUGAUAACGGAGGUCUGAAAAAAUUGUCAAAUGGAAACUAUGCUUUAAAUUCAGGUGGAGAAAACAAGUCUAAAACAGUUGCGCGCAAAAAGCAGCAAGUUGCGACGGGCCGAGUUGCGACAGCCACGUCCAGCAAGCCCGACAAACCGGAGAAAACAGAGGCGGCGGCGACUACAGUAACAAGUCCGAAAUUCAAACGCGGACGUCCUCCGUCAAAGCGCAAGAAGUUUAGGAAGACCCAUGGACCAGACUUUGAAACACAGUCUCAUAAGAAGAAAAACAGCUCGGAUGAUGAAGAAGCAUCUAUUUGUGACUACUGUUUGAAGGCUACAAGCAGUGCUUCCUUUUCUGAGGGACUUUUGACGUGCAAGGAGUGUAAAGCAACAGCUCAUCCUUCCUGUAUGGGUUACUGUGAAAGUCUGGCAAGGCGUGCACUGGAAUCACCAUGGCAAUGCAUCGACUGCAAGACCUGCUUUGUGUGCGAGGAUUCUGGUGAUCCCGAAAUGAUGUUGUUUUGUGACUCCUGUGACAAAGGCUACCAUAUGAACUGCCAUAACCCUCCACUGGAGAAAAAACCUUUGGGUAAUUGGGUGUGUAGUAAGUGUGUACUGGAGAAGACUAUGGAGACGUCCUCAGAUGGAGAGGACCUACAGGACUCCAGCGUGAUGGACGACAGUCAAGUCACAGAUGGAGGUGGUGCCUCCUGUCUACCGACACCUUGUGACUCUCCAGCCUCUGAGGAAGAAGAGGAAGAGGAAAAGGUUGAACCACUUCCUAGAAAACGCAAAACAGCAGAGGGUAGGAAGAAGUCUUUAGAUGUGGAUGGGAAAAAGGGAGAUAAGAUGGAUAAAGUAAUCAUCGCUAUUGAGAACGGCCUGUACCCAGACGCUUCAAAAUGGAAAGUGGAAGAUGUUGUUCAUUUCUUCGUAAAUGUAGGAUUUAAAGAGCAGGCAGAGGCUCUUAAAGAACAGGAGAUUGAUGGACAGUCCUUACUGUUGAUGAAGAGGAGUGAUGUUCUCACAGGCUUGUCAAUCAAAUUAGGCCCCGCCCUCAAGAUGUACCAACAUGUGAUGAAGCUGCAGACAUCUGGAUUCGACUUCGAAGAGAGUUGACCUCGAUUCUUCUCUAGUUAUAAAUUUUAAAUUUUCUCUUUUAAUUCUCUUAAUAUGUGAUUUGCUGUGUUUUAUAAGCAAUAGCCAUGACCUUUGACCCUGUACUGUAUUUUUACCAGUGAUAAGCCAGUUGUUUAAGGCUCCCCAUGCUCAAUAAAUUAAACAGAUGAGGGUCAUGGCCGAUAUUUAGAUAUAAGAUCUUCCUGUACACUCAACUUCCUAAAUCAGCUUGGUGUACAUUUAAGCCCUUUUCUAAGGACGAGGCUUGUUAUAGUCGAAACAUGAUAAAUAUAAAUUUUAGGAUUUCAAACUUUCAUGUAAAAAUGAUUAAAUUCUUGUUUAAUAUCAUGGUACAUGUAUGCCUCACCAAAGCUUUCUCUUUGAAAUACUUGUAUUUUUUCAAAAGAGAAGUUUUGAAUAAAAUACUACUUUUACAGAGAAUACAAUAAAUAAGCCAAAAAGGUAAGGAAUUUUGAAACUGAUAUUUCAUCUGAUGCACUAGGUUGUGACAUUGGAUUUAUCUUUCCUUUAAUAAUUACUUGAUUGAAUCAUGAUAGAGACUAAAAAGGGGAAUGAAUUGUUCAAUGGAAUAAAUACAGUAUUGUCACAGUUUUUGUGUGUGAUAUUGAUGGAAAGACAUCAUCUAGUGUUGUAGUAUUCUGAUCCACUUGUAGUGACUUGUUUAACUGAAUUAGAGGUACAUAUGACUUUUUAAUUGAAAAAAUAUUGCAAAAUUUUAAAAGUUGAUAAUAAUCAAGGCAAUUAAAAAUAAAGCAGCUGAUUAUUUGUCUGGAUGGAUGUAACAUCACAUUUAUUAUUGCAUUUGUAACCUCACUUUUUGGUCAGGUCAAAAAUGUGGUCUAUCAUUUUUGGAAACUAUGCCCCAACUUUAUAAGUUGCAGAAGACAUGUGUUGGAAAUACUAUUAAUAAUCCAGGCACCUUCAUUCCAAGCUAAAUAGACUGGAUUUGAAGAGGGUUGAUAGGAGAAAAAAUGAUGUAUAUACCCAUGGUUAGUGGUCAUACAGAUUAUUGGAUGCUGGAUUAAGGGGCCUUGACCACAGCAGACAUUUCAAAAGUAGUUUCUCAGUAUUGUUAUAUUUGGUGUUGAAUAUUAGCAUUUUCUUUCCCUGAAGAAUUUAAACUGUUUUUUCCCAAAAUCAUGUUUUGUAUUUUCCCCAAAUGGAACAGAAUUUAAAAAUAUUGUUAUUUAUGUAUCUUCUUCAUAACAAGCAAAACAUUUUUGAAGUUUUUAUAUUAAAUGCACUGACAAACAUUCUGAUAGCUGUGUAUCAAUUGUUUUGUGAUAGAAAGAAAUAAACUUUCCAAUUUGUGUAAAUGCUGCAAUAUUUUUACGAUUGAAGAGCCCAUUGUCCUGUGUGGAGAGAAGGUUGAAUUAAGUGUUUGAUGAUGGUGUGUACAGCGUAGUGUAAAUGUUGCUGUGUUCUGUUUGUUAUGUAUGUCAUCAUGCUAUGAUUUUACUAGGUAAAUAGAUAUGCAAUAAUAUUAAUAUAUUCCAGUGAUGAUUGUAAUGUAUUGCGACAUUUUUCCAUGCUGUAGUGGGAUUUAUCAGACAAGAUCAUAUGAAUUAUUCCAUUUCUUGUAGUUGUCCUUACAUGUACUUAAAAGUUUCCCUUAUUCAGAUAUUUCAUACUAGUUUAAUGUAGUUCAAUCAUGUUAUAUGGUCACAUAAAUGUUUAUAUGAAGUAUGUAUAACACAGACUGGUUUUAUUCGAGAUGUCUUUACUGUGUAAUGUUUGUAUAUCUAACAAAACGAAAGCAACUCACAUUUUGUGAUCUCAGACUUUUAAAAAUGUUUUGCUAAAAGCUUUAAGUGAACAAGUGUUACCUGUGUAGCAGAAGUUUGUAUCUGGACACCUCUGUUUUGACUCUGACUCACCCAUUUUGAAAUGCUUCAUUUUUGUAUUAAUAAGAAUCCAAGGAACUUUCCCAAAUUCUUGGCUGGUGCUCCUCAAAAAUUCCUUAAAUCUUUCAUAAUUUGACAUUUCAUCGGGAUAUGGUAUGAUAAUUAUAUCGAUUGUUCAGUUAUAAUAAAGAUUAAUUAAUACAUGAAUGAUUCAAUGUAUUUUGAAGUGUGUAAUUCACUUCUAAUGUAGACCUCUGUUGUACCGGUUGUAUUUAUGUCUGGUGUAUUAUUAUCACUUACAUCUUAUCAACAUUUCCUAGACUGUUAAGGAGCUAUAAAUGAGGAAUGGAAGUUUAUGUUCUAGCAGAGGGGCUAGUUUUGUUAAAUUUAUGAGGUAUAUGGAAUGUGUUUUUUUUUUUUACCUCUGAUUGUUUUGCACAGUAUCUGAAUGAGUCUUGCACCGCACUGAUCCCUGUGCUAUAGAGCUACUGAUGAGAGAAAUAUACAUUUGAGUGACCUCCCUUGUAUACAGGCUGUGAAUGAGGAUUUUCAGAAGUUCAUGUGUAGUUAGGAGAAUAAAUAAUGGUUUAGCCUCUCUGACACCUUAUGUCUAAAUAAAAUCUAUGUUGUGUGUUUACAGUGUAGUAUACAAUGUACUAUUGCUCAUUAUUGUAUUUUAUAAAUGUUUAACUGUAUAAGCUGUAGAGUAAGUGUGGUGUGUGAGGGAUAUGUUUGCUGUGCAGUAGUGUUUGUGUGCAUACAGUGUUCAAAUUUAUGACAUGUUUCUCAAGAAUAAUUUAAUCUACUCAACAAUUUAAGUUGUUGGAAGAAGGGGAUGUAAGGUGAUGAAGUAUAUGAUGACGUAUAUCUGGAGUUAUUCAGUAUUGGACAGCUUUUAACUGUCAAGUUUUCCCUAUUAACCCUGUACAACUUAAUGUUGUGUUAUAACUAGGUCUAGUGGAAACGUGGAUUUAUGUCCUGAAAAUAGAUGAACAAUGUCACUGACUCAAGUUCCAAUGUACCGUCAAUGAAAUAGGUUUCCUUUGUCACCUUGGCUACUUCAAACUUAAAUUUCUCUACCCAGUUCUUGUAUGGGCCUCCGUCAGUAUACUGCCAAAUCCCUUUAUAACAACAUACUUUUGCUUUGACCAAUGAUGGCACUGUAAUAAGUUUUUACUGUGGUAUCUUAUGUUAAAUAGCCCCAUAAUGGAAAACCUGUCAAAUAUCUUGAGGAAUAGAAAUAUAUUGGGGAGGUAACUCUCACACAAAUGACUUGAAUAAAUUUUUAUGUGGUAUAAUAAUAACUUGAUAAGGUUUAUUUACGGUAAAAAACUCGUCGGUACAUCAAUUUCCUACAACAAUUUUCAGCUUCAAAAUAUCUAUCAUUUACAAACAUGAUCCGUUAAAACAAAAUAAUGAUAUGAUACAUAUUUGCCAAGAUUAAAUUUUUGUGAAUCAGAGAUUCAUAUUUUGAAGGACCAUGUCAUUUAAUAUAGAUUAAAUGAUGAAGUGAAAAACUUGAAAGGAGAUAAUCUUUUUAUUCUGGAAGAAAUGUACCACAUAAUUUAAUAAUUAGAUAUCUUCUAUCAUAAGUAAGUAAUUACAUAAUUAGAUAUCUUUUAUCAUAAGUAAGUAGUUAAAUAAUAAGAUAUCUUCUAUCAUAAGUAAGUAGUUAAAUAAUAAGAUAUCUUCUAUCAUAAGUAAGUAAUUAAAUAAUAAGAUAUCUUCCAUCAUAAGUAAGUAAUUAAAUAACAAGAUAUCUUCUAUCAUAAGGAAGUAGUUAAAUAAUAAGAUAACUUCUAUCAUAAGUAAUUAAAUAAUAAAAUAUCUUCUAUCAUAAGUAAGUAGUUAAAUAAUAAGAUAUCUUCUAUCAUAAGAAAGUAAUUAAAUAAUGAGAUAUCUUCUAUCAUAAGUAAGUAAUUAAAUAAUGAGAUAUCUUCUAUCAUAAGUAAGUAAUUACAUAAUUAGAUAUCUUCUAUCAUAAGUAAGUAGUUAAAUAAUAAGAUAUCUUCUAUCAUAAGUAAGUAGUUAACUAAUAAGAUAUCUUCUAUCAUAAGUAAGUAAUUAAAUAACAAGAUAUCUUCUAUCAUAAGUAAGUAGUUAAAUAAUAAGAUAUCUUCUAUCAUAAGUAAGUAGUUAAAUAAUAAGACAUCUUCUAUCUUAAGUAGUGACAUUAUUAGAUAUCUCCUAUCUUAAGUAAUAAUAUUGUUUCGACACUAGACAGAAGUGCUUGUUGAGUGUGGUGUACUGACUGUAAAUUGUAUGACUAGAUGUAAUGUAUUAGUAACAUUAUUUUUGAUCUCAUUGAUGUGUUCAGCUAAUGCUAAGCUUAUUAUGAUAAUUUUUUAUUAUAAUUGUUUUUACGUUAUUAUUUUUUUACAACUUGAUAUAACAACGAAAAUGAAAUUUUGCUUUAUACAGAGUAACCUACCUCUAGGAAUUGUAAAUUUGUACAUACAUUUGUUUUAAUUACGCACUGUAUAUGUAAAUUUCUGUUAAAAUGUAACGAAGUCCAGAUCAGUUCUGGUUAGCUGUAGUAGGCUCUAGUAGAUAUUUUUAAUUGUUUCAUAUCUGAUUUAGUUCGUCAGAUUGUGACAUUUUAACCGAUAUUCGUAGUGUUGUUGGGUUAAAAUAAAUCUUAUCUAUGGUCAACUAAUUUUGAAAUAUAUCAAGAAGUUUUCCUGGUGACAUUAAAAAUAAUAAACUACUGCAAACAGUGGAAGCAUUCAUUUUUUUCGUAGUACAAGGAAGAUUUCAACCAGUGCUUUCUAAAGGAAAUAAUUGCCCAUGGAAUGUGAUCUCUUAGUGGAGAUGCCAUUGGAGUCAUUUGCGACAUAUCACAGUAUUGAUUGGCUGAAUUUUGAUCCACAAGAAUAUAAGAUAUAAGUUAUUGACGUAUUUGUUGUAGUCAACAUUUGUGUGAAGUAGAACCAUCAUGUAUUCGCACAGGGUACAGCUAACCAUCUAGAUAGCUGCAUGGGAAUUUAAAUCAUAUCGAAAUGCAAUAAAUUACAUGUAAUUCCAUA